GUAAGUUUCAUAUGAAAAUUUAGGCUUGUACAGAACGAAACUUUGAAUUUUCAACCUUCAAUUUUUGGGAAAUUUUGGUUUAAAGGAAAAAUGGGAAAAAUAAAUGCUAAGAGAAGGAAUCAAAGGAAAAACAGAUUGAACCCUUUGAAGAAACAGGACGGAGCUAUCAAAGAAUUGCCCUUGGAUUUGAAAGAAAGUGCUUUACCGGUGCUUUCUAGGCUUGAAAAUCCUGAAGCGAAAGAAAGGUCGUGGGCCGCUAGUGCUAUUUCUAGUAUCAUUGUUAGUAGCCUAGAUGGGCGUCUACAACUUUUGAAGAAUGGACUCGUCUUAAAGCUAAUGAAUCGCUUGACGGACGACUCCAUUGAAGUCGUUGUUGAAGUAACUGGUGCUCUUCGAAACCUUGCCAUUGAGGAAGAAUAUGCAGUGGUUAUGGACAUGUACAGAAAAAACAUUCUCGCUCCUUUAGAAACCUGGCAAAAUAAGGUUGAUUCUUUUUUGGAAAAUAUCGUGCAAGAAAAAAUGAAGUUAGAAAGCUACGAAGAAAAAGGAACUUUCAGUUGUCUUUGUGCUAUUUCUGAAAAUAUUGCAUCUUUGUAUCUAAAUUUGGGUGAAACAACUUUCGAAGUACUUAAUUCACUCAACCAUAAGAAUGUUUUAUCAUUUCUUUUCCGCUUAAUCGUUCCCGCGGCUAAGGUCCCCCUACCUGUCGUUGAAACAUCAUUGCAAGCUUUAUUUACUUUGACCGAUGACAAUGAUAGCGGCUUGAUUUCUUUACUCCAAAGUCCUAAUAAUACUCCAGAAGCGAUCAUUGAUUUACUUCACUUUUACAUGCAGAGUGACUCACCUUUGGCCAAAGUCUACUCGAUUGGUUGCCUAUUCAACAUUUAUCAAUCUAAAGUGGUUGCUAAAAAUUUUGGUGAACUUUUGUCCUCCGAAAGCUUGUUGAAUAUAUUGUCUAAUGAAUCUCUUCCAAUUUUGACGGCCCUGCUGCCAGAUGAGCAAACUUACUUAGAUUUAAUUGACCGCGAUUUACAGUCCUUCAAAAAGAACAGAGUUACUCAGCUCAAGGAUGAAGAAGCAAUACUUUCUUCCGAUCUUUUGGUAGUUCCAGCCGCUUUGGAAAUCCUUUCUUCUUUAACAUCUUUACUUCAAAGCCUUGCUGAGGGUCAUGUCGAAGAAGAGUUUGGUGAUUCCUUCGUUGCAGAGGAGGACGAUAAAGAGAAUUUGGAGGAUCUAUCAAAUGUAGUUGAUGAGGAGCCAAUAAAUGCUGACUUGUCCAUGGAUGUUGAUGGUGCAAGCAAUGAAAAAUCGAAUUCCAAGCUAAUUGAAUAUAUGUUGGAUUCUGUCUUACCAAAGUUAAGCUCCUAUUUCAGUUGGGUUUCCAAAUUUUCAUCCGAUGAUAUUCCUUAUAAUUUAAAAAGCUACUUAUUGGAAGUUUCAGAAAGAACACUUGAAUGUUUGAACAACAUAUCAUGGUCAUGUAAUGGUGUCUUUACUGAUGCUUCAGAUUCUUCUAAGAAGUGGAAUAUGCAGGCCAACCAGCUCGUACAAUGGCUCUUUAGAACUAUAUUUGCAGAUUUGAAUGAUAGUACUUGGCCAUUCAGUGCUGAAACUUUCACAGUCACUUGUGGACUGCUCUGGGCAACUGCUAGAGUUUCCCCAGAAGUAUCGAACUUUGUUACUCCUGAACAGAUUACUUCUUUAAUUAGCCAUGCUUCAACUCAUGGCUCGUUGGAUGCACAGGUCCGAAUUUUUGGCGCAUUUGCUACUUUGGGCCGUACAGAUAACGUUUCAGUAAAUGAAAUAAUCGGACAGACUUUAUUUUCUUGCAUUUCUCUACCAGAAGCUAACCCGCAAUUGACUGUUGAAGCAUUAAAUGCUAUAUACGACGUCUAUGGUGAUAAAUCAUAUCCUUACGAUGCUCCUGUUUUCCAGCAAAAGAACUAUUUGCGUCAGUUAGUCGAGUUUGUACCAAAAUUCACUCAGAUGGUAAAGCGUAUAAAUCGCAAAAGCGACGGCUUGCUUCGCUUUCGAGCUGAGGAGGCUUUAGAAAACUUGGGGGCAUUCAUUGAAUACAAAGAUUCGGAAUAUGCAAGCAGCUAGCUUAGUUGAUAAUAUUAUUAAGUUUGGGCACUUACUAUAUGGUGUG